AUGGGGGCCUCCGGAUCAAUUGUUGAUGUCACUCCGCUGCAACGGAUGGCCAGGGACGACCUGGGCCUUCAAGCGCUUUCUCAGGUGCCUGCGUUUUACACCGUGCUGGUCGAGGUUUAUGUUCGCCACCACCCCUGGGGUGGGUCAGACAAGAGCUCCAACGGGCACCGUUACGAUUCGAUCCCUUUUGCAAAUGGCAUGAUCGGCGCAGGCAUGAGCUGCCAGUUAGUACACUACGUGCAUGAACAGCACGACAAAUUCUUUGAAGUGUGCCCGCAAUGA